AUGCCUGCCUCUCAGACGCUCUUCAAGCCUGUCAAGGUUGGACCACUCCAACUCCAACAUCGCAUCGUCCUGGCCCCGAUGACUAGGUUCCGCGCCUCCGCAGCGCAUGUACCUCUGCCUAACGUAAAGGAGUACUACGCUCAGCGAGCGAGCACUCCUGGCACGCUCCUCGUCACCGAGGGCACCUUCAUCGCUCAACAGGCCGGUGGGUAUCCCCAUGUCCCCGGCAUCUGGAACGACGAGCAGAUCGCUGCUUGGAAGGAGGUGACCGACGCCGUACACGCCAAGGGCUCCUUCAUCUUCUCCCAGCUAUGGGCCCUUGGCCGUGGUGCAGCACUCGCGCAACUCCAGUCGGAGGACCCAUCCUUCAAGCUCGUCGCACCUUCUGCUAUCCCCUUGACUGGCACGGAAGACAUCCCGCACGCGCUUACGGUCCCAGAAAUCAAGGAGUACAUCAAGUUCUACGGCGACGCUGCAAGGAAGGCUGUUCAUCAAGCUGGCUUCGACGGCGUUGAGAUCCACUCCGCCACGGGCUACUUGGUAGAUCAAUUCUUGCAAGACAACACGAACCAACGCACGGACGAGUACGGCGGCAGCAUCGAAAACCGCGCACGCUUCGCCCUCGAACUGCUCGACGAAGUCGUCGCUGCCGUUGGCGCUGACCGCGUCGCCUUCCGCAUCAGCCCAUGGAGCACCUUCCAAGAAAUGCGCAUGAAGGACCCCAUCCCCCAGUUCUCCUACCUCGCCGAGCAGAUCAAGAAGCGCUACCCCAAAUUCGCCUACCUCUCCGUCGUCGAACCGCGCGUGGUCGCCACGGACACGCGCCCCGACGAGGAGAUCGCGCCGGAGGAGCAGAACGACUUCUUGCGCAAGGUCUGGGCGCCGUUGCCGUAUGUCAGCGCGGGUGCAUACACGCGAGACCUCGCGCUGAAGAGUGCGGAGGAGAAGGGCGAGUUGGUGGCCGUUGGGAGGUACUUCAUCUCGAACCCCGACCUUGUACGCAAGUGGAAGGAAGACUUGCCGCUUACGCCCUACGACCGGGACACGUUCUACCUCCAGGGCGACGCGAGUCCGAAGGGGUACACCGACUAUCCGUUCGCUGAGGGCAGCCGGUCAUCUUCGCCGAAGCAGCGGUGGCACAAGAGGUUGAGCUCGGCCUUCCGUCGUCUCUCGGGACAGUAGGCUGCGAUGCUCAUAGUUC